CGCCACAAACCCCCAUCACUCCACUUCCCCAGCGCCCCCUUCCAAACCCCCACAAUGCUGCUCCUCGGCCUCACCGGCUCCAUCGCCACCGGCAAAUCCACCGUCUCCGCCCUCCUCCGCCAAGCCCCCUACUCCCUCCCCAUCAUCGACGCCGACCUGAUCGCCCGCCAAGUCGUCGAACCCGGCACCCCCGCCUACCGCGCCAUCGUCUCGCACUUCCUGCCCAGCACGCCCGAUCUCCUCCUCGACGCCCCCAACCGGCCUUUAAACCGCCCUGCGCUGGGCCGCCGCGUGUUCGGCACCAGCGCGGAGCGCCAGACCGACCGCAACGCACUCAACCGCAUCGUGCACCCUGCGAUCCGGCGCGAGAUGUACCGGCAGAUGGUGUGGGCGUAUCUCAAGGGCCACUGGGCGGUGGUGCUGGAUGUGCCGCUGCUGUUCGAGAGCGGGUGGGAGCGGUACUGCGGCAGCAUUGUGGUAGUCGGGGUGUCGGACCCGGGGAUCCAGAUCCAGCGGCUGCGGGCGCGGGAUGCGCAUCUGAGCGAGGAGGACGCGAGGAAUCGGGUCCUCAGCCAGGGGGAUAUCAGGGAGAAGGCGGAGAGGUGUCUGAGGAGGGGCGAGGGGAAGGGGGUCGUGGUGUGGAAUGAUGGCGAUCAGGCGCAUUUGGAGAGCGAGGUCAGGCGGGUGAUGGCGGAUGUGCGGAGGCGCAGUCCGUGGUGGUGGGGGGUGCUGACGUGGGUGGUGCCGCCGCUGGGGGUGGUGAGUGGGCUGUGGAGUUGGUGGAAUAUGCGGCGCGUGCAGCUGGACUGGGAGGCGGCGAAGAAAAAGGAGAAGGCGAAGUUGUGAGGUGUUUUGGUCUGCGAGUAUGAUAUCCUACGUUUGGCAGCGCGGCUGCCCGGCAAC